AUGGCGGUGUGCACAGCAUCUCACGCUCCGGAUCGUCCAUAUGGCAAACACCAAUUAGCGACUGAGAGGCUGAGAAGAACCGAGAAGCUUUCCUUCCGCUCCAAAAAGCUACAGAGAGACAUCCGUUUCCUGAAUCUUUGCAAAAAUUAUGAUGUCACACCCAGAUUUGUUAAUUUCCGUGUUCACAACCCCUUGUUCACACACACCCAGACAUAUCGUUCUUGGUGUCGUGUGCUUCUGAACCGGGAAAUCACUACGCAAACCAAAAAAGAAACUUCUACCACUGUAAAGCUAAAUGACAACGUAUCUCUGUUAAAAACUACAUUAUCUUCACUGGACUUCAUUUGUAUUUUCAGACUAAUCAAAAAUAAUGUAGACAAUAAACUACGUAGAGUAGACUCCAUCCACAACAAAAAACUCCUGAAUCUAGGAAUAAAUGUUCAGAAGAAAGUGAAUAAGGACAAAGUUAUAUUCAAUUUCUCAGACAGAAUUCUUACUGAAAAACAAAAAGAUAUACUAUCUCUUGGCUUGGAUUACUGUUUGCCUCCGACAAAAGCCACCUUCCACUUGUUUUACCUACAUUUUGAAAGAUUAUGUAAUAAUCUUAAAAACUGUAAUAUCUAUAAAAACAACUUCAACAAUGUUACCAACGAUAUCACCACAAUAGCCAACACUACUUUCAAGAAAUUUUCACGUCAAGUUAAACAGACAUGUGAUUCAGAGGCCAUCCUAUCUCCUCUAAAAACGCUUAAGAAUGACAAAACAAUAUUGAUUACCAAACCAGAUAAAGGUCGGGGUGUUGUCAUCUUAAAUAGUUGUGACUAUAAACAAAAGAUUUUGAACAUUCUCAGUGACCACACGAAAUUCAAGAGAAUUACCACAGAGGUAUCAACUCAUCUCUUAUACCUCGAAGACAAAUUAAAACGACUACUCCGGAUCAUUAAAACCUCCGUUAAUGAAAGCACUUAUAAUUUUCUUAUGACUUCUGGCUCCAGACCUGGCCUUCUCUAUGGACUCCCCAAAGUACAUAAACCUAACAUUCCCCUAAGGCCCAUUAUUUCUUCGAUUGGCACUUUUAACUAUAACACUGCAAAAUUCCUGGUCCCUAUCAUAUCCCCUCUAACUACCAAUCAGUACACAAUUGAAAACUCUACUACCUUUGUAAGUGAAAUUACAUCCCUAACAUUCCAACAACCCAUUACCAUGGCAAGUUUUGAUGUUGAUCUCAUCGUAGAGAACCAAGUUGUUCUCCUGGGUUUAUUCAUUGGGUUCCCCGUCGAAAUCCUCGAGUGA